AUGUCGUGUCCCGAUUGCUUCAGUGGCCAUGUGCAUGAUGGCACUCCCCAGGGCCAGGUGACUAAGCUCCAUGGACUGGAUGUCUACGUUGCUGAGCCUGCUGGAGGCCCUGACGCCGUCACCGGUAUCAUCAUCAUCAUCCCGGACGCUUUUGGAUGGGAGUUUGUCAACAAUCGUAUCUUGGCCGAUCAUUAUGUCGAGAAAUCGAAGUAUAAGGUCUAUCUGCCUGACUUCAUGAAUGGACGCGCCGCUCCCGCAUGGCUUGUCGACACCAUGCGUGCAGUCAUGAAGACCGAUACCAUCUACGAUUGGCUGACCAAACCCUACCAUGUGGCAUGUGCCGCCGCAGCCUUUGUUCCAUUCAUCUAUUAUAAUAGUCCUUCCAAAUCCUGGCCCGCUGUGCAGUCCUUCUUCGCCGCGGUCCGUCAAAGCGAAGGUGCCCAGCUACCCAUCGGAGCCGCUGGUUUCUGCUGGGGCGGCAAGCACACCGUCACUCUCGCGCACGGGGCUGAGAUCAACGGUCAGCGCUUGAUCAACGCUGGGUUUACCGGUCACCCCAGUAUGCUGGACAUUCCGAAGGACAUCGAGAAGAUCUCGAUCCCUGUGAGCUUUGCCUUGGGCGAGCAUGACAGCGCAAUCAAGCCGGCUCAGGUCGCUCAGAUCAAGCAAACUCUGAAUGAAAAGGAAGAGAAUGUGGCUAGUGAAGUGAAGAUGUAUUACGGUGUUGGUCACGGCUUCUGCGUGAGAGCGGAUACCAAACUGGUGGACGCAGACACCCAAGCAACUGAGGCAGAGAAUCAGGCCCUGGCUUGGUUCAAUCGUCAUUUCGCGGACUUUUCAUCCUGA